CAGUCAAACUAUCAAUGGGAAACCAUGAAUGAGUGAAGACCAAUCCACAGAUCGCUUCUCUUUUAAUCGACAAAAAUCUCUACUUUUUUCGAGAGCGAUUAGAUCCAACUCCUCUGCUGUUCCUUCCGCUGUUCUAAUUUCGGAGAUUCCAUUCAUCGUAUUUAUUUGAAGGAGGAGAAGAAGCUGAAGAAUCCCAUUCAUACUUUGUUCAGCUCAAAUAGAUGAGAACAAGAAGAAGAGGAGGAGGAGAUCAUAUCGAUUCACGGGAAAAUUGAAGGAAGUGAAGAGACACAAGUCAAAACGCCUCUUUGAUCACCUUCUUUGUCUUCUUCUUCCUCUGAUCUUGUCGUUUUUCCCUUUUCCUCUUCCACGACGCGUCUACACGUUUCCUCCUCGUCUUAUUUAUUUCUUCUCUAAGCGAGUUGUUGAAUCGUAGCUUCCAUGGCGUGCUUUAGCUUCCUUAGGAGGAGGAAGAGGUCCGUCGGAGGCGGCGUGGCGCCGCCGUCGGGGUCCUACGACAGCGCCAGGACCGGCACCAGCAGCAUUACCAGCGGCGGAAGCAGCGCCGCCUCCGGCGGCCGCGGCAAGCAGCACUCGGCGGUGUCGUCGACGGCGUCGCAGAGGAGCAUCCCGGACCUGUACGAGGAACGGGCGCACAAGCUCCGGGCUUUCGACUUCGAUGAGCUCCGGAACGCCACCAACGACUUCAGCAGGAUGAACAAGAUCGGCGAGGGCGGCUUCGGUAGCGUCUACAAGGCCUUCCUCCGCUCGCCGGACGGCAAAGGCCCUCGGAUUCCGGUCGCCAUAAAAAAGCUCAACCAAAAGGGCUUGCAGGGACACAAGCAAUGGUUGGCGGAAGUGCAAUUUCUCGCGGUGUUCGAGCAUCCAAAUCUCGUGAAAUUGUUAGGGUUUUGUGCGAAAGAUGGUGAGAGGGGGAUCGAGAGGUUGUUGGUGUACGAGUUCAUGCCCAACAAGAGCUUGGAAGACCAUUUGUUCAACAAAGCUUAUCCUCCCCUUCCAUGGAGUUUGAGAUUGCAAAUUGCUUUGGGUGUGGCAGAAGGGUUGGCAUAUUUGCAUGACGGAGAAGUUCAGGUGAUAUAUCGUGAUUUCAAAGCGUCGAACGUGUUGCUCGAUCGAGAGUUCAAGGCCAAGUUGUCUGACUUUGGUUUAGCAAGGGAGGGGCCGACGGGCGGGCAAACCCAUGUAACUACUGCGGUUGUAGGCACUUAUGGAUAUGCAGCACCGGAUUACAUAGAGACCGGUCACCUUACGAUCAAGAGCGAUGUUUGGAGUUUUGGGGUGGUCCUCUACGAAGUCCUCACUGGUAGGCGAUCGUUGGAGCGAAAUCGUCCGAUGAACGAGCAAAAGCUCUUGGAGUGGGUGAAGCAAUUCCCUGUGGAAAGUAGGAAGUUUAGCAUGAUCAUAGACCCUAAACUAAAAGGAGUUUUUUCUCCUGAUGCAGCGCGGGAAAUAGCUAAGUUAGCCAAUAGAUGCCUUGUUAAGAACCCUAAAGAACGUCCUAGCAUGGGUGAAGUCGUAGAGUGCUUAAAAAGCGCCAUAGAAAUGCGAUUAAAAAAAAAAAAAGACUCUUGCCAAUGCUAGUUCUAUAUCCAAUUUAUUUGUUUCCUUAUUUGGGUAUGAAAAUAAAUUUGUUCGUUUUAAAAAUAUUUAGCUGAACUAAA